AACCACAGUUGAACCUCUUGAGCAUGUCUGCAUGCUUUUAUGCAUUGAGUUUUUGCCACACGAUUGGCUGAUUAGACAUUUGCAUUCUUGAGAAAGUGUAUCCAAUACUAGAGGGCAUGCAUUUAAAGUGAGAGGAGAUAAGUGCUAAUUGGAACUUAGGGCAAGCUUUUACAUAGAGAUUGGUGGAUGCCAGGGGUGUUUUCAUGCUUAGAUGUACUGAGUUGCUGCUACAUGAUUGGCUGAAUAGUUAUUUGCAUUAAUCAGCAAAAGUACAGGUGUACCUAGUAAAGUGGCCACUGAUUGUAUUACAAUGAAAGCACAUUUAUUACCUCGACAGCAUUGAACUUUGCUGGAAGUCUUUCAUACCUUCAGGAUCUUUAAGACAACUGCUGUGUCAAUCUUGCUUUCUCCAUUCUUUCCCCAAGUCCUAUAGAUCUUUUUCAGUAUUUAUUUCAUUCCCUCUAAAAUCAGCCUCCACAACCAUUUUUCUUGCUGAGAACAAUCAGUUCUCUUUCGUAAUCAAUUAUCUUUUAUCUGUGUCCUUUGAUUAUCUUGCUGACAGUGGAAAAGUUUUCCUUAUUUACUCUUUUUAAACCUUUCUUAAUUUAGAAUGAGCUCUAUUAAAUCUCCCUUUAAGCUACACUGUCAUUCAGAAUGAGUUGACUUUUCCAGGGCAGGCAGGGUCUGAGGAGCAGGAAAAUAGCUACAUCUUUAGGAAAGAAGCAUGAAUCUUACGAAUGAAGAAAUUGGAUUAAUAUAUAGUACCCUUUGACCUCUUAGUAGUCCCAAGGCAUUUGACAGUUGCAUUAUCUAUCAACAUUUGAUGCAAUGCCACUGCAGGAAAUAUUGGUACAGAUGAACAAACAUUGCUUUUAUGGAAGCUAUCCUGAUCAGGUAUGUGAAGAGGACGAGAGUGUUCUAUCACUGAAACAGGUGGUGAUGAUGUAUCGUAUUGACUGUGUGCCAUGAAGUGGCUGGGGGCCCCGCUAUCCCUCCUCUCGCUGGAACUGAUUCGGUGCUAGAAUGCCUCUUCUCACCCGUCCCCCUGCACUCAGUCUGCUCCAGGUGCCAGGCAAUGGGAGCUCCACGGUCGACCAUGAGUGAGCACACGGAUGAGCAGAGCUUAUACAGCAAUGCGUUGGCCUGGCUGAUCUGUUCGGGGGUGUCUCUGCUGGCCAACACCUGGGGAAUCCUCAGCAUCAGCGCCAAGCAGAAGAAAUGGAAGCCGCUGGAGUUCCUCAUCUGCACUUUGGCCGGGACGCACAUUCUUAAUGUCGCCAUCCCCAUCACCAUGUACUCGGUCAUCCAGCUCAGGAGGCAGCAUUCGGACUACGAGUGGAAUGAGGGGCUGUGCAAAGUGUUCGUCUCCACAUUUUACACACUGACCCUGGUGACUUGCUUCUCUGUGACCUCUCUGUCUUACCACCGCAUGUGGAUGGUACGCUGGCCUGUCAAUUACAGGCUGAGCAAUACAAAGAAGCAAGCUGUACACACGGUGAUGGGGAUCUGGAUGGUAUCGUUCAUUCUAUCUACCUUGCCUGCCGUGGGCUGGCACGACACCACGGAACGCUUCUAUGCUAAGGACUGCCGUUUCAUCGUCACAGAGAUAGGCCUCGGUUUCGGGGUUUGCUUCCUAUUACUGAUCAGCGGGAGUGUGGUGAUGGGCGUGGUAUGCAUUGGCAUUGCCCUCUUUCAGACGUUCACCAUUCAAGCUGGGAACAACGUCAACAAGAACAAAUUCAAUGUACCCACAAUUGUGGUGGAAGAUGCCCAGGGUAACAGGAGAUCGUCAAUUGAUGGCUCUGAACCAUUAAAAACCUCUCUACAGAUAACCUAUCUGAUCAGUGGAAUUGUCUUUAUCUAUGACUUUUUGACAGGAUUCCCCAUUUUGGUGGUGAGCUUUGCAAGUCUCAAGUACGACACCUCUUACUCUUGGAUGGUGCUGUGCUUUCUGUGGUGCUCUAUUGUACAGUCGAUUCUUCUACCAUUGUUCCUUUGGGCCUGUGACCGCUAUAGGGCUGAUGUGAAAAGUGUCUGGGAGAAAUGUGUAGCUAUCAUGUCCAAUGAUGAUGUCGAUGAAGAAAACAAUCAAGAUGGAGCAAUUCACCCUGAAUCUUUCUAUGAAAGGCCCUACGAAUAUAACUGCGCCCCUGAAAUUCUGACUGUGGAUCGAAUUGCCAAAUACGACUAUUCAGCAUUGGAAAGGGGAGUUCCACAGGUGUACCCCAUGAGGGAUAUGCAAGAGGAUAAGAUGCAGUAUUUACAGGUUCCUCCAACCAGGCGCUAUUCCCAUGACGAGACAGACGUGUGGGCAACAAACCAGAUCACCUCAUACCUUCACAGAUGGGGCUCUUCAGAGAACAUAACAGGAGUUCUGCACUAUAGCUCCCCCAGACAUGAAAGGAGAAGAGGCAGCCCAAUCUCCCAACAUGACGAGUGCGCUUCUUUCCACAAAAGGAGGAAAUCUGCGGAUAGUGUCAUUUCUCUAAAGCAGCUGUCCAAGGAGGAAUAUCUUUCCGAUGACUUGAAAUGUUUCAGCCGAGAUGAAAUAAUCAACUACAUUGAUGAAACUCCAGUCCCUAGUCCCAUGAAGACCCCACUGAGAUCAUCAUCUGUAACACUCAUCCCAGAAAAAUAUGAACAGUAUUCAGUCACCUUUUCCCACUUUCCUUUGACCAAUUUUGAAAGAGAGCCUCACGUUCUCCGUCGGUUGUCAGAGGGCAAAGAGUGCUGCACCCCCAGGGGAUAUUUGGUGACUGCUUUCCCCACUGACCCAAACGUGGCUGCAAAGGACGCAGAAGCCCAGUGUCACCUGUCCACGGUCACCACCCCCAGCAUUAAGGAGGGAACCUCCAAAAGUUUUCGGACAGAUCUUUGCGUCUCCUGGGACAAUCAGGAAAAACUCAGCAAAAUAGGAAGUAAAGGAAGCACCAACAGUUUUGUAAGUUCACCUUCUGCUUCUUCGGGCUACAUGACUUUUCAUUCUGACUCAAUUGGAUCCACAUCCUAGGAAUGAACGUGGACCUUCCCAAAAAUUAAUGGUGUUUCUACGUUUGUUUACUACUAAGGGGAUUUUAUACUUCACACAGGAAGAAAUGAGUCACGCCAAAGAAUCAGUAAAAUAUUUUCAUGUCCUUUACAGUGGUUAAAAUUCUUUCAGACAUUUGAAAGAGAACUGGAAUAAUCUGGCAUCAAUGUCUGAAUAUUAUUGGUACCACUAACUAUUGUUUUCUAUUUUUAUUUUUUUAAGAUAAAUAAUUUUUAAGGGUAACACUGUUAAUAGGCAUUCCUGUAAGACUGAUACCAUUUAGAUGGAGGUAUGAGAGGAGAAAAAGGUGGAUGUAAAAUUGACACCAUUUUUUAAAACUUCCAAAUUGUAAAAUGGUUGCUCCACCAGAGGUAAUUCCAGAUCAUGUAUGUCUAUUUAUGCACUCCGGGUAUUUGGUGUAUUCUGUUUCAACUGAUGAUUUUCUUCACAUAGAGGACAAUGAAAUUAUUCUUUGGGAAGGGGAGAUGUGGAAGACCCCACUAUUGUUCCUCCUAUGUAUUUUGCAUUUGUAACUUCGGUGUCACAUACUGGCAGCAGUCUGUUGCCCUGCGAGAAUGAACAUUGGUUUCUCUUGGUCCCCGUAAAGUUGUCCUAAAAUUUAAUAGUAAGAAAUGUUUUCUUACAAGUAUUUGCAAUGGUUGCUCGUCAAAAGAUCCAGGGCAUGUUUCAUUUAUAUUAAAAACA